AACCAAAAGCCGAACGCAAGCGGAGUUUUCACUUCUCAAAAUGGCUUAGUUUCUGUAAUAUCCAAAGGAAACUAACCGUUAUCUAUUGUCAUCUUCGUCAUCAUCAAUCAUUCAUCAUCCACUCAAAAUCUAUGGCAGUAACCCAAAAUUUCCAGACCCUAAGAAUGGACUAUCUAUCAAUCUCUUCGGCACUAUCUUUUUAUAGAAAACCAGCUCAACUUAAAGGCACCCUUGCCGAGCUAAAGCCCCCACUCGUCUCUUUACAAGACGAAACUCCCCUCAAACCCAUCGUCCCCAAAACCACUUCCAAGCAACGCCCUUUCACCGUCACUUACCUCAUAAACUCAUGCGGUCUUUCCUUAGAGUCCGCCAUUUCAGUUUCUGACAAGGUACAGUUCCAGUCCCCAGAGAGACCCGACUCGGUUCUAACCCUUUUGAGAAACUACGGCUUCUCCAAAACCCAGAUCUCAAAUCUCAUCAGGAAGCGCCCCAUGCUCCUAUUGUCCCACCCCGAGAAUACCCUUUUGCCAAAGCUCGAAUUUUUUCAGUCUAUUGGGUUGUCAAGCAAUGAGCUUGCCAGGACUUUGUCUUCAGACCCCACCCUUUUGACUCGAAGCUUGGAGAACCAAAUUAUGCCCACUUACGACUUCCUCAAGAGCGUAUUGUUAUCUGAUGAGAAAAUCGUUGCUGCUUUGAAGCGUACGACAUGGGUUUUUUUAGAAGAUCCCUCGAAGAACCUUAUGCCCAACGUUACUUAUUUGAGAGAAUCAGGUGUGCCUCAGAGCUGCGUUUCCCUUUUAUUGACUCAUUUCCCCGAGGCGGUGAUGCAAAAGCAUGAACCCUUUGUUGAAACGGUGAGAGAGGUUAAGGAAAUGGGGUUUGAUCCAAAGAAAUCCACGUUUGUGCUAGCGGUUCACGCCCUUUCAGGGAAAGGCAACAAGUCCAUAUGGGAAAGGUGUUAUGAGGUGUACAAGAGAUGGGGUUGGAGCAAUGAUGAUAUUCUAUCAGCAUUUAGGAAACACCCUCAUUCCAUGAUGUUGUCAGAGAAGAAAAUCAUGAAGAGCAUGGGUUAUUUUGUGAAUGAGAUGGGGUGGGCAUCCAGGGCCAUAGCUGAAUGCCCUGUGGUACUGUUUUUCAGCUUGGAGAAGAGGAUCAUCCCCAGGUGUUCGGUUUUCCAGGUUUUGUUGUCAAAGGGAUUGAUAAAAGAAGGUUUCAGCUUAACCACUGUGUUGUUGCCUGUUGAGAAGCGUUUCUUGGAGAGGUUUGUGAUGAGAUACCAGGAGGAAGUGCCUGAAUUGUUGAGUGUGUAUCAAGGCAAGGUCAAACUUGAGGGAUUAUGAUCAAUUUACUUUCAUUGUAUCAAAUUAGUUCACCAGCGGAACUUGCAUCAUGUAUAUAGUGCCUCUUGAUUUCAUUUGUUUUUAAUUAUUUAUUCUAAUUGUUACCUGUAGACACGGUUUAGUUCAUAAAUCUUUUGGGAUUCGGAAUAGAGACUUUACAAAUAAAGCCCGACGAUUUCUAUUGCUGUUA